AUGUCAGCAUCCGUGCCUGAAUGGCUUGAAAAGUACCCAGAUCCACAAACCGAACCUUCUCGUACCUCCAGAGAGGAUGUCUUGAAACUUCUCCAGGAAGGUGAAGAAACCUUGGUGCUUGACUUGAGAAACGAAAGAGAGCCAGGUUACAUCAACAAGUCGAUCCAUAUUCCAGCCACUGAUAUUGGCGGAUACGAGGAAAUCAAAGAAAAAGUGUUGUUGCCAAUUGCCCAGCAGUUCCCCAAGACCAGACUCAUUGUGGUCCACUGCAACAGUUCAGGCAGAAGAGCCAGUAAAGUCGGUGGUUGGCUCGAGGAUUACUCGAAAGAACACAAUACCAACGUCAAGGUAACUAUUUUGCACGAGGGAAUCAAAGGCUGGCUUGCUGCUGGUGAACCUUUCGACAGUGUUGUCGUGAAGGUGUAA